AAUUUUUAUAAUUGUCACUAAUUGCAAUAUUUAAUCAAGAUUUGGCGAAGCUUCCGCGUUUUCAAAUAAAAAUAAUUGAUUACAUACUGAUUUCUCAUUUCAAAUCGUGCUACGACGCGUAUGUCCACGACGCGUUCCAAUUUUAUCAAGACGUGAAGACGGCACGUCGCGGCACUUCGGGGACAUCGGCCGUUUCGAAUCUCUCGACCUUCGUCUGCGCGCACAUCUGUACCGGAAGCGGAUACCGCGUGUACAUAAGAGCAAUAAGGGAAUCGGCGGGUCUCGCGAGUCUCCAGAAGAGAAUAAGACGAGACAGUCGCGCCAAGACCAAGAGCCAUAGCGGUUCGCAUCGCGAAUUCAAAUGAAACGUUUGAAUCAGUCCACGUGAUAUACGCGCAAUCAUCAGCCAAUCUAUUUCUUUUCUCAUUUCCAUAUGAUUUGAUUGUGCAAUCUGGCAAAAAUAAAAUACAAGAAUGCUACGUUUGAUCGUCAAAAACAAGUUUAAGCGUUCGAUUUUUAAUCUUUGAUUGCGAUAUUAAUUAAAUAAUUCUUUGAGCGACACACUUUAUAUUUCACACUCGAAUCACAAUUAUAUGUACAUUCCUAAUUUGUAAUAUUCGUUAUUCGGCAAGCAGUUUGAUUGUGAUAUGAAUCAUUAGAUGAACGUGUAGUAAAGGAGGAUAAUUAAAUAAUAUUGAUAAGUGUAGUGUGUAACAAAUGUUCAUAGUAUGACGUCAAAUGCAAUUAGAGGCAUCAGAAGGAAGAAGAGUUCGCUGUGCGAAGUCAAAGUAGCUGUGAUAGGAGCACCAGGAGUUGGCAAAAGCGCAUUGACAGUAAGAUUUUUAACGAGAAGAUACAUUGGGGAAUACGAUCAUCAAUCAGAAACCAGAUACAAACAUGAAGUUUUAGUUGAUGGAGAACCUAUUCUUUUUGAGAUUUUAGAUACAUGUCCAAAGAGUGAGGGUGAAUUGCCAACAAUGGAAACUUUGCAAUGGGCCGACGGUUUGUUGCUAGUUUAUUCAAUAACAGAUAGAAACUCUUUCAAUUUUGUUAGAAAGGCAAAAGAAGCUUUAGCGGUGGCUGAUCCUGAAGCUGCAAUGCCUCUUGCUCUUGUUGGAAAUAAAGCUGACAUGGUUCAUUUACGGCAAGUCAGUGCUGAAGAAGGAGAGAUAUUAGCGAAGGAUUUUGAAUGUUGGUUUAGUGAAAUAACUGCUGCUGAGCAGGUUGCUCAAGUCGCAGAAUCCUUCCACGAAUUAUGCAGAGAAGUUCUCGCAGCUAGAAGAAGAAAUAAACAAUCUUUGCUAGAUAGAAUGCUUGGUAGUAAAGCAACGCGUGCUUAUUCGCGAGGAAAAAGUGACUCUGCUCUACCAAAAGAAUAACAUCAUUAUUUUAAGUAUUUGCAUAUUGCAUGUAUAAAAAAAUGGAUGUCUUAUGAUAAAAGACCAAUACAACUGUUCUAGAAAAGUAGCAAAGUAUGAAAAAGAGGACAUUUUCAAAAGUAUAAUUUUUUAUCAUUAUGUAAUAAAAUUAUAAUUUUCAGUUGUCCUGUUUCUCACACUUUCUACAAUACUAAAAACGCCAAAGAAAAUAUCAUAGUUUCAAAUUUGUACAGU